UUUUUAACUCUAACAAGCAAAGUCCAGUGUCACAACCCCAGCUGACUUCUGUGCCUGCUCAGUCUGUUGACCAGGUGCUGCUAACUGAAGAGUACGAUGCUACCCAUCCAGGAUGUUAACAGUGUUCCAUCUGGAAAGGGGAAUAUGAGUUCGUCACGAAGAGGUUGCUUAAACAAUCCUAAUGCAUUCUGCUACAGUAGGGCCCCGCUUAUACAGCGGGUUCCAUUCCGGACCCCCACCGUAAAGCGGAAAAUGCCAUAAAGCAGAACCCCAUUGACUUUAAUGGGGCGCGUUGCGCAAAAAUGCCGCAAAAGCGGCAAAAUCGGCUUCAAAAUUGAAAACAAAAGCCGCCACAUUAGCAGAAUGCCGGUAAGCGGAGCACCGGUAAGCGGGGCCCUACUGUACAUUUGUGGCGAAUACACUCUGCAAAAACAAAGAAAAAACAUCACUGACUUUGUAAAACAAGCGUAUCUUGCUUAUUUUGGAGUGAAGCUUGGGCUCCCCAUAAGGUUUGGAAAACCUGUGUAGAGUGCCUACGACAGUGGAAAAAUGGAGAAAGGAAACGUUUAAACUUUGGUGUGUCUAUGGUGUGGAGAGAGCCACAAAACAAUCACGAUGAUUGUUAUUUUUGUGUUGUGAAUGUGAAAGGUUUCAAUCGCUACAAGAAACAUAAGUGGGAGUAUCCUGAUUUGGACUCAGCAAGGCGACCUGUGCCACACUGCGAAGAAGUUCCCAUACCAGUGUUUACCUCACCACCUGACCUUCCAUUGUCAGAUGUCGAAGAAAUGCUGGACGUGGAGUGUAGCACAGGUGGUAGCCCUGGAAGUGGAUAUGAAGAAAGCUUUUCAACACCUGAGCAGUUCUCCCAAAAAGAACUCAGUGAUCUGAUACGAGACCUCAGUCUGUCAAAGCAAGCAUCUGAACUUUUAGCAUCCAGGCUAAUGGAAAAGAACUGUCUACAGCCGGAAGCUAACAUAACAGCUUAUCAGACAAGAGAGGAGGGACUUCUUCCAUACUUCAGACAAGAUGAAGAACUUGUAUACUGCAAUAACAUUCCUGGACUUCUUCUCCAAAUGGGACUACUGGAAUAUCGACCAGAAGAUUGGCAGCUUUUUAUGGACAGCUCCACCAGAAGCUUGAAAUGUGUUUUAUUGCACAAUGGUAACCGCUAUGCAUCUCUUCCAAUUGCUCACUCAACAAAACUUAAAGAAGAAUAUGAAAAUAUCAAAAUGGUCUUGCAGAAGCUCUGCUAUCAUGAGUACCAGUGGUCUAUUUGUGUUGAUCUAAAGAUGGUGAACUUCUUGCUUGGGCAGCAAAGUGGAUACACGAAGUACCCUUGUUUCAUCUGCUUGUGGGAUAGUAGGGCAAAGCGAGAUCAUUGGAAGAAAGUGACAUGGCCUUCAAGGGAACACAUGACUGUAGGUGCAGCAAACAUCAUUAACAAGCCAUUGGUUGAUAGAGAAAAAAUCAUUCUCCCACCACUCCAUAUCAAGCUUGGACUGAUGAAGCAAUUUGUUAAGGCCUUGGACGAAGAUGGUGAUUGCUGCAAAUACAUUUGUAGAUCGUUCCUUGUACUGACUAUGGAAAAACUAAAAGCAGGAAUCUUUGAUGGUCCUAAAAUUCAUAAACUCAUCAAUGAUUUGAAUUUCACUAAAUUUAUGAAUGAUGUUGAAGCUUCUGCCUGGUGGAGUUAUGUCUCAGUUGUCAAGAACUUCUUGGGUAACCACAAAGCAGACAAUUAUGAAGAAUUGGUGCAAAACAUGCUCGCUGACUUUAAACAUUUGGGUACUAAUAUGAGCAUAAAGGUACACUAUCUCCAUAGCCACUUAGACAGAUUUCUGGAUAAUCUUGGUGAUUUUAGUGAGGAACAAGGAGAGAGGUUCCAUCAGGAUAUAAAGGUGAUGGAGGAAAGGUAUCAAGGCACAUGGGACAGACACAUGAUGGCAGACUACUGCUGGAGCCUCCAACGUAAUUGUCCUGAUGCCCCACAUAAAAGAAAAUUGUACACACAGCAUUUUCCUAUGCAUUAAUUGUGAUUAUCUGAAUCAGCUUACUUUGUUUUAAUGUUAUUGUACUGAAUACAACACCAUUAGGUAUUUCAUGUGUUUACUUUUGUAUGAUUUGAGACAGUUUCCAUGUCAUUUGUGGGUAGGCUAUGCCUGACCAUUACAUUUUUUGAAUUUGUUAUGUUUUUCAAUGGGGGCAUCCAUUAUCUCAAAAAUUAGAGCCAAUCUAGCAAAACCGAUGCCAUAUUUGGAAUCAGUGACACAAAGUUACCCUAAAAUCGAUCAAACAUCAUUGGCAAUAAAAUUAGUGUUGAAGUCUGCCCUUGUAGGAGAACCAGUCUUAGCUAUCAUUCUGAUAUUGUGUGGAAAGGGGAAAACAACAAUAAUCUUAUAGCCAUUUUCAGAUUCCCCAUUGUAGUGAAUUGUUGGAAAACAGAGCUUUGUUUUUAACAGAUCUGAAGCACCUUGGACAGCUCCUUGAAAGUUUGGACUGAAACCCAGAGUGGAUUCCACUGCCCCACUGACAUGGAGGCACCAGCCACCACUGCCUUUCAACAGUUUUAAGAGAAUGACUGUGAAAAAGUUUACCUUUUAAUUUGCACGGCCCUCUUGAGAUAGCUUUUGUUUUGUUUUUUCUCACUGAUGUGUACAUGAAUUUUUAGUUGUUGGGGGUAAAAUGUUGUAGGCACCGACUGCAAGACUCAAGCCUUUUUGGAAGGAAUUUCUCUAAGGCAAUUUCCUGAGCAAGUCCACCAGCUCCAAACUGAAAGGAGCCUAUAUUUCGAGCCCUUCUACUGCUUCAGAGAGAUCCUUUUGUUUGGAAUAUAAAGAAGGUCAAAUGAUCUUUAAUAACUGCAAGAGGCCAGAAUCUCGGUUUCCACGACUCAUAUGAAAAUGCCACCUACAGUAAGGCAAGUGCCCUUAAAGAAGUUUGCUGGGCAAAUAUUCCACAUUGAUUUAGGCUGUAAUCCUAUGAGAUAAGCCUCUCAAGGAAGAAGGUUAGGCUGUCUGGACUUUAGAGAGAGAAAUGACCAUGUUUAAAUUUCACCUUCCUCUCCCACCCCACACAGUGUGAGAAUUGUUGAUAAGAUGACUUUGACUUUGAAUGCCAGAGGGACAAAUCAAGCGCCCUGUCCUUGAAUUAAGACAAUAUUUUAUCUACUUCCUCCUUGAUGGGCAAGUCAGAUUCUCAUAGAACUGCAGUAUCUGCUAAAACUCAGAAUAUUCAGAAUUCCAUGGAAUAUUAUGGUCUGACAAUUUCCAAUCUUAAUCAGAUUCUUGCUUCAGUUGAAAAAGUUACAUGUUCCCCAGAUCUGUGCAUGAAAACACAAGAAGAGCCCUGCUGGAUCAGGCCAGUGGCCCAUCUAGUCUAGCAUCCUGUUCUCACAGUAGCCAACCAGAUGCCUAUGGGAAAUAUGCAAGCAGGACCUGAGCACAAGAGCACUCUCUCCUCCUGCGGUUUCAAGCAACUGGCAUUCAGAAACAUACUGCUUCGGACCAUGGAGUCAGAGCAAUAAUCAUCAUGGCUAGUAGCACUGAUAGCUUUAUUCUCCACGAAUGUGUCUAAUCCUCUUUUAGAGCCAUCCAACUUGGUGGCCAUCAUUACCUCUUGUGGGAGCAAAUUCCAAAGUUUAUUUUAAUAUACAUAUUUAAUAUACAUAUUUGAAUGUGCUUUAAAGCACAUUUCCCACCACAAAGAAUUCUGGGCACUGUAGUUUAACCCUCAUAGAGUUAUAAUUCCCAGCAAACCUUAACAAACUACAGUGCCCAGAAAUCUUUGAGGUGGAAAAUGUGCUUUGAAUGUGCUUUAGAGAUAUAGUGUGUAUGCAGUGUCAGAAAGAGGCUGGACUUCUUUUCCAAAACAAAACAAAAACCUGCCACAUUUGUACUUAAUAUGUAGUUAAUAUGUAUGUAUUCUCCACUUUGGGUAAAAAGAGGAAUAUAAACAUUUUAAAUAAAUAAAUAAGGUAAAUCUUGCUCUC